UCACUCCGGAGCGUUUUCCCCCGGCCGGCGCUCAGCUGGGGCGGAGGGAGAGGCGGCCUGGGCCUGCCGAGCUGUUGCAGUCUUCGUGGCUGCUAUGUCCAGGGUGCACGGUGCCCUCCGCAGCUCCGUGCAGCGCUAGAGGCGGCCGAGCGCCCGCCGACGCCGCCCAGAUCCCCGGUGCCACCGCUCCUCCGCUCCUCCACUCCCGCAGCUCCCGCUGCUCCUCCGGCGUCGCCUGCGAGGCCAGGCGGAGGAAAGAUGAAGAUGACGGUGGAUUUCGAGGAGUGCCUGAAGGACUCGCCUCGCUUCAGGGCUGCUUUGGAAGAAGUAGAGGGAGAUGUGGCGGAGUUGGAACUAAAACUCGAUAAGCUCGUGAAGCUCUGUAUCGCGAUGAUUGACACUGGCAAAGCCUUCUGUGCGGCCAAUAGACAGUUCAUGAACGGGAUCCGAGACCUAGCACAGUACUCCAGCAGCGACGCCGUCGUCGAGACAAGUUUGACCAAGUUUUCUGACAGUCUUCAAGAAAUGAUAAAUUUUCACACAAUCCUGUUUGAUCAAACUCAGAGAUCAAUUAAGGCACAGCUUCAGAACUUCGUUAAAGAAGAUCUUAGAAAAUUCAAAGAUGCCAAGAAACAAUUCGAAAAAGUCAGCGAAGAAAAGGAAAAUGCACUAGUGAAAAAUGCCCAAGUUCAGAGAAACAAGCAGCACGAAGUGGAAGAGGCCACAAACAUCCUCACCGCCACAAGGAAGUGCUUCCGGCACAUAGCCCUCGACUAUGUCCUUCAGAUUAAUGUGCUUCAAUCAAAGAGGAGAUCGGAAAUCCUGAAAUCAAUGCUGUCCUUCAUGUAUGCACAUCUGGCCUUCUUCCACCAAGGCUAUGACCUGUUCAGUGAGCUCGGGCCCUACAUGAAAGAUCUUGGAGUGCAGUUGGAUCGACUGGUUGUAGAUGCCGCAAAGGAGAAAAGAGAGAUGGAGCAAAAACAUUCUACUAUCCAGCAGAAGGCUGCAUUACAGGACUUCUCCAGUGAUGACUCCAAGCUGGAGUAUAAUGUCGAUGCAGCGAAUGGCAUUGUCAUGGAAGGGUAUCUCUUCAAGCGAGCCAGCAACGCCUUCAAAACGUGGAACAGGAAAAAACCCGAUCAUAUCAGACGCUGGUUCUCCAUACAGAACAAUCAGUUGGUUUACCAGAAAAAGUUCAAGGACAGCCCCACGGUGGUGGUGGAGGACCUCAGGCUGUGCACGGUGAAGCACUGCGAAGACAUAGAGCGGCGGUUCUGCUUCGAGGUGGUCUCUCCAACAAAAAGUUGUAUGCUCCAGGCAGAUUCUGAAAAGCUUCGCCAGGCCUGGAUUAAGGCUGUUCAGACCAGCAUUGCCACUGCAUACAGAGAGAAGGGCGAUGAAUCAGAGAAGCUGGAUAAGAAAUCAUCUCCAUCAACGGGAAGCCUAGAUUCUGGAAAUGAGUCAAAAGAGAAAUUACUGAAAGGAGAGAGCGCCCUGCAGCGUGUGCAGUGCAUCCCUGGCAACACCAGCUGUUGUGACUGUGGGCUGGCAGACCCACGGUGGGCCAGCAUCAACUUGGGCAUUACCUUGUGCAUCGAGUGCUCUGGGAUUCAUCGGAGUCUUGGGGUUCAUUUUUCGAAAGUACGGUCUUUAACUUUAGACACUUGGGAGCCUGAGCUUUUAAAGCUUAUGUGUGAAUUGGGGAAUGAUGUUAUAAAUCGUGUUUAUGAAGCCAAGCUGGAAAAGAUGGGAAUAAAGAAACCACAGCCGGGACAGAGACAGGAGAAAGAGGCAUAUAUCAGAGCAAAAUAUGUGGAGAGGAAAUUUGUGGAUAAAUACUCCAUGAUAUCAUCGCCUUCUGAGCAGGAGAAAAGGGUUAUUUCCAAAAGCUGCGAGGAACAGAGGCUGAGCCAAGUCAGGGCGUCUGUCCACACCGCAGUGGCUGCUGUAAAUAGCGACGAGGCCAGGCGGGAGUCUCUGUUCUGUCCUGAUGAGCUAGACUCACUCUUCUCCUACUUUGAUACUUCUUCAAAACUGCGUAGUAUCAAAAGUAACGACAGUGGGAUCCAGCAAGGCUCGGAUGACGGACGAGAAUCUUUACCUUCCACCGUGUCAGCCAAUAGCCUGUAUGAGCCUGAAGGAGAAAGACAAGAGUCUUCUGUGUUUCUUGACUCUAAACAUCUUAAUCCAGGACUUCAGCUUUAUAGGGCUUCAUACGAGAAAAACCUUCCCAAAAUGGCUGAGGCUUUGGCUCAUGGUGCAGAUGUGAACUGGGCUAAUUCAGAUGAGAACCAAGCAACGGCACUCAUCCAGGCUGUACUAGGGGGCUCUUUGGUGACAUGUGAGUUCCUCUUACAGAAUGGUGCUAACGUAAACCAAAGAGACGUCCAGGGGCGGGGACCACUGCACCAUGCCACUGUCUUAGGACACACAGGGCAGGUGUGUUUAUUCCUAAAGCGAGGUGCCAAUCAACACGCCACUGAUGAAGAGGGGAAGGACCCUUUGAGCAUAGCUGUGGAAGCAGCCAAUGCUGACAUAGUAACCUUGUUACGUUUAGCAAGAAUGAAUGAAGAAAUGCGGGAAUCGGAAGGACUUUAUGGACAGCCAGGUGAUGAAACUUACCAGGACAUUUUUCGUGAUUUUUCUCAAAUGGCAUCCAAUAAUCCAGAGAAACUCAAUCGUUUCCAGCAAGAUUCACAGAAGUUCUGAGCCUUUUAAAGAGGGGAAACUAUGAAAUUUGGUGAAUUACUAAUGUGUACAACCAAAAUAUUACACCUUUUUUUUAACUGCUUUAAUUCUACUUGAUUUUAGUAGACAUUGAAUUGUUUGGAGAAAAAUGGUACCCAUUCAUUGGUAUUUUUGUAAAUGAAAACAGAUCUCUCAUAGUUGGGAAAGGGAGAAAUCCACUAUAAUUCCUCUUUUAUUUAAGAAGAAAAAGACUGUUUAACGGGUGUGCUUUUAUAUAAAGUUGUAUCCAGAUCUAAGCGAUCUCCUAAGUUCCGAGAUGCUUACACUGUUGGGCCCGUGCACCUUUGCCUUGGGUAGUGCCCUGCUUCUCCCCAGGAACACUCAGUCACUAUGUCUGCACCAAGUGGGAGCCAGUUUGCUUACCUGUGUCGAGGAUGUAUCUUUUCUACAGCUUCACUGAUAAUUGUUGGUGGUUUAGAAAUAUGUCCGUGUGUUUCCUGGUAGCUUAGCUGUGGUACCCACGGUAUAUGAUGUCAUUGCUAGGACUAGUGAGGAUGCCCCUCCUUUGCUCAGAGAUGCCAUUGCACGUCAGGACUUCAGCAAACAUGGUGACUGUCCAGUAGACCACGCUUUAGUCUUUAGACUUAUUUCAUCUUGUGGUGCAAAGGAGGUCAUUCUGUUUUCUUCUUUCAGUCACCGCAAGACUCCCCGCUCAGUUUUUAUUGUUGGGUUGAUUUCCUAAAACCUUGAAAAGAGCAUCAGUGCAAUAAAACUGUAUUUCAGAAGUUGACUAUUGCAAAAUUGGGCUUUCACCAAAACACGGUGAUUUCAAAGAUAAUGUAGGUCAUUUUAUAUUUGGAAUUUAUCCAUUUUAAGCUAUAUAUAUAUAUUUACUAUUACUCCUGGUGAAAGAAAAAUCUCCAUGUAAAAGAAGAAAAAGCUAAUUUUUUUUUCUGUUUAUACUAAAAUUUACCAGCAAUAAAUUCCUUUUAUUUUUUCUACAUUUAUCUUGUUUACUAUACAAUAGUAUACAUUCUUUUAAAUUGUAUUCUGUAUAUAGCUUUAGAAUAAGUAAAAUAUGUCAUUGACCUUUGAGUUCCAAAAUUACGAGUAUGUGAUACAGUUUGGUCAGAUUCCACCUCUGAUUGACACAUCUUGUCAAAGUAUGGAAUGAAUAAAUAAUUGCCUUGCGGUUCAUUUCCAGCACUGUUGAUGACAUUUAAUCUUUUAGAGAUUGUAUGUAAGUAGCAUUGAUACUCAGCUUCACAGAAACAUUUUUAAAUGUAUAUAUAUAUAUAUAAUUAUAGUCAAUUAAAUAAAAAAUUACCAUUUUCCCCACAGUAUGUAGAACCUUACUUGGAUUAAAUAUGAAAUCUGAAUCUAAGCAGAAAUCAUACUGCGAUAAAUUCUCAACACAGAUACGGUCCCCUGGCUCAGCCGAAUUGCAAGCAUGGAGUGCUUAUUUCGUAAGUCCCCACAUGUUGGAGAUAAAGAUCUGCUGUGAUUUCUGUCUGAGGAAGCACAGACUUCCACAGGAUGGAAGGAAUCUGGCCUUGUCAGUAUUUUGUUAAAGGCAAAAGUCUAAUUUUAAUUGGUGUGUGUUUUGAAAUUUAUUGUCCUAACACAUAGUCAAGGAAGAGCAGGCUAAAGAAAGGACCAGAGGGAAGAAGCCCACCUCUUCUCCUCAGUGCCCGUUCUCGGUCACUGUGGAGCUCCUGCCUCCUCUGUGGAGGUGCGGAUGGGCUUCCCUUUCAGCUGCUGGGGACAGUCCUCUGGACCUGUCUGCCUCCCUCCCUCCCUGAUGUGUGUCAGAAGUUUUUGGUGUGACAGUCAGUAGUGUCUGCUGCCCUUUAAUGGCCAGAGUGUUUUUGAAAUAAGCCUUAAAGAUUCAGGUGUGUGUGAAAUGCCUUGAAGAUCAUUGUGGUUCUGAGUAUCUUCAGAACAAGCUUCGUCUUUUCUGAUCGCAUGGAGCCUGGCAAUGCAAGAACAUGUUUUUAUGGCUCACUUAAUUUUCUCAACGUGUUGAGAAAUUGAAUGACCGAAAGGGAAUGGAGUCUAGCAAGGCUUUAAAUUUCUAUCAUGAAGUAGAUUGGCUCUUAGAUGAGUUUUGCUGUGUUCACCAAUAGCUUUAUGUGGCGUGUUGCGCAGUAUUCCAUACAGUAGGAGAGAUGAAUAUCCACAAUGCCAGGCACACACUCAGGCCGCUCUUUCCGAUUGCUCUGUGUUCUCUGCAGGAAAGACAUGCUGAGAAGAAGUUGAUGAUUUUUUUUUGUUUGUUUGUUUUUUGUUUUUCGAGACAGGGUUUCACUGUAGCUUUGGAGCCUGUCCUGGAACUAGCUCUUGUAGACCAGUCUGGCCUCAGACUCACAGAGAUCCGCCUGCCUCUGCCUCCUGAGUGCUGGGAUUAAAUUAAAGGUGCGCGCCACUACGAGUUUGAUUCUUUAUUAUGAGCCUGUUCACUCUUUUCCAUGCUCUCAUUAAUGGAAACAAUUGGAUUACUGCCAAAAUAAGAACAGAGGCACAAUGAAGGAUGCACAAAAUGUGGCUUUAACACGGGCACGGAUAAAGGUGAUCGAGUAGCCAUUCCAAAGGCUUCACUGAGACACUUACUCGUUUAACAUUUCCAAGAUUUUAAGUUCAUUUUCAGUACAGUCCUUGGAAAUGAAAAGCUUCCAGCAUUACAGGGUGCCUGACUGUCUGAUGCCGGUGUCUGCCGUGGUGCCACAAACUUUGGUGUUUGCUUCCCCCAAAGUAAUCCAGCGGGCAGCUUGUGUUUUAGCACCUCACAGGUGCAGAAAAUUAUAUGCUUAUAUUUUAGAGAAUUUAUGUUUGUGAUCAUAUUGGCAGUGUUUAAAAGUACAUUUUUCUGCAUAUUAGAUAUGAUCAUGAACCAAGUUGUUUUAUUUAAACCUAAACUUGCUACCCACUCUGAAUAAUUGGACAUUCCUAGACCACUCAUUCUCAGGUCAACUUUCUGUGUUGCUGCAUUUUUUUUUAAAAAAAUGAAAUCUUAUGUUCAUAAUAGCUUUAGUUUACAUCCUUCUUGGAUCCAGGGCUCCUCACAAAUAAAGCGAAUGGCUGAAACAAAGGGAACCUCUAAAGCCUCCCUUUGUGUACCUGUCCCCAGAGCUUGCAGGAGGACACCUGCAGUCUUAGCCCACGAGCAGCAGCCUGGCCCCGGGCUUCAUCCCAGCCCCCUCUUGUUUUACAGAGCUGACCCAUGGUCCGGCUCUAACAUAAGCUCCGAAAGCAUGUGUGUCCUGGGAGGAUUGGCAUCACUGUCAAGUAGCAGCUUUCCCUGAGUGUGAUAAGAGGCUCCAGAAACACGGGAGAACCUCGUCACGUUUAAAGGACUAGAUUGGAAUUUGAAAGCAUCAAAUUGUAAAAAAAAAAAAAGUCUGCAUUUUGUACAAUAGCAAACAGUAAUAAAAAGCCAAAUAUUAUAAAGUUAAACUCACCUUUUAUUAACUUUUUGAUGUCAUAACCAUAGAAAGGACUUGGAUUCAGUCUGGCUGAGUCCUGACACCCAGAAGGAUGUUUUGUGGGCAUCUUUUUCUGUUUACAUAAAUGGGGAUCAUGUGGACAAAGGAAGAUUUAAUUAACUAGAAUUUUUCUUUGCAUUGGUCUUCUCACUAUCUUAUUUUCUAGGAUUUUCUCAUUCCCCAGCCCUAUUUUGGGUAUUAAUUUUUAACAGGGAAAGCUUGCUGUGCUAUCAAGUUGUUAGCACCUUUUCAUACGAAAGGCUAAAGGGUAACUUGGAAAUGACAAGCUCCUUUUUAAAAAUAUCUGUUUACGUGCUUUGUGAUAUUUCUGGAUCAUUCCGGUCAUAAAGACUGAUCACAUGUACUAUUUCUUUCUGCCUGUGAAAAGGAUUUUAAGAAUGUAUAACCAACACUCCAUUAGUUUUUAUUAGUGUGUAGGUUUGUAUCUAAUUCAUGAAUGUAGUUUUUCUGUAGUUUGUCAUUGUAAAUGGAGCAAAGUACAUUAUCUUUAUAGUUAUUCUAAAAUGUACAUUAUGUAAGAAUUGUAAAUAUACUUGAUUACUUUGUAUGCUGAAAAUUUACAAUAAUAAGUCAAUAAAAAUAUCUCACUUCUGGCG